CCACUGAGUUGUUAAACUCUCUCUGGGUGAGUGGCAGCUGGUACCGGGAAGCGAAUCCAGUGGCCAGUACCUACCACCCUUAUGUCUGAUGGGAUAACUACUACAGCACCGAGGCCUGUCAAGCUACAGCAAAACAACGUUACAUCGACCCAUGGCGCGACUUUGACCUCACAUACCCAAUAACAAAAUCUUCUUGCUUUGUGGGUGUCUGCUUUCUGCUUCAGGAUUGUCGCCUUUGUCUAAACUGGCCUUGAGCAUAAAACGAGAAUCGGUUUGUUGUUUUUAAUACACUUUCCACUCUGCAACAUCUUUAUCGUUGUAAAUUGUUGGACAACUCCUAUCGUAUUAGUAGGGCAUACUGCUCGCACUUUUGAAUUGUCGGACAACACCAUUAAUGAAAACAGAAGAGUUGAGCGCUUACCAUGGAAAUAUAUAUCUAACAAAGUAUUUUUCAUAACGGGGCGGCUCAAGGCCUUGGCAGGGGAAUGGCAGAAGCGGCACUGAAAAGGGGCGGAAAGGUUUUUAUUGCAGAUCUCAACACAAAAAUCGGCGAGGAGACCUUAGCAGCCCUACAAAAGGAAUACGGAGCUGACAAUGUCAGAUUUGGAAAAUGCGAUGUUACCAAGAAAGAUCAAUUUACAGCUACCUUUCAAUCGGCUGUGAACAGUUUUGGUCACAUUGACGUGAUGGUGAAUAACGCAGGAAUAAUGAAUGAUAAGACGUGGGAAUUGAUGAUAGCGAUCAAUGUGAAUGCAGUUAUUUGGGGAACUAAUUUGGCCAUUAAACACAUGCGUAAGGAUAAAGGAGGUAGAGGAGGGGUGAUAAUAAAUAUGUCUUCGGUAGCAGGUUUGGCACCAUGUUCCUUUUUUCCGCUCUAUGCAGCUACGAAACAUGCGAUAGUUGGAUUUACUAAAAGCUGGGCGUCAAAUCCAAAUAUGCCCAGCAUGGGAGUGAGGUUGGCCUGCCUGUGUCCAUCUGCUGCAGACACAAAUAUGAUUCAUCCAAAACCAGAUGAAUGUCUUUGCUACGACGGUCUAAUGGCCUAUCUCGACGUUGUUGAAAUCAUUCCAGUGUCUGCUGUGGGUGAUGUCUUUAUCAAACUGGUUCAGGACGAGGACAGCAAUGGGAAGCUGAUGGUCAUCACGCCAGGGUCAGAUUCGUUUUACACGGAACAGAUGCUUGAUCCGCCGCUUGUGAUGCCAAAGCUUGAUACUAGUCAAGAUGCAAAAAAAUAGAUCAAAGUGGCCUGGGUUGUGUGAUCGGCCUAAAGCUGAUAGACUCUAGGUUCAUAUCCCAAUGCCGGCUGUCAGUUAGAGUGAUUUUUACCGACCCAAUGACCACUGCACAGACUUCUCUCUCACUACAGCGUUCUUGAACCGUAAUUCGAUUUAAGUACGAAAUCAAGUUUAAUAUACCCAGCGAAUGAAAUAAAGCAUAGGUUGUCAAAUAGACGCAUAAUUAUUUUUGUGAAAACCUGUCUACUUAUUUGUUCUUAUGUUGAUAUAUUGGCCCGCCUUACAGACUUAUUAUGGUUAAAAUGGUUGAGGUAUUUGUGGGUGACCCCCCCCCCCCCCCUCCGCCGUUCCCCAUAUAAAAUCCUCACUAUGUUAGGAUGAUAUCUCCUUCCUAAUUCGUCUUUAGGUUACACUGUACCAAAGCAGAAAGCUCUAUCUCAAAGUUCAAAUAUUUACAGAGUAACAUCAGCUGCUGGUCUGGUUGGUAGUAAUAUGUAUCGUUGAUUAUUUAUGCAAAUAUUAUUAUCCAAUAAAUAAAUACACUUUUAUUUAGUACCGGUAUACAAUUGUUACACCAGUGCAUAUUACCCCCAAAAAGGAAAAUGCGAUUUUCAGCAAAAAUGAGUGUUGCUAAUGAAAAUAUUAAUAACAUCUCUUAAAUGGUAUAUACAUGAGCCCCAUUUUAUUACAGGUAGAUUUAAUUUGAGGUGCAACACGUUUUAUUUAUGUACAGUACUGCUUGGAUGAGUAGGCGUGCUGCUCAUCGUUUUAUUGGUAAACGUUAACAGUAUUGGCUUUAGGAAGAUAUUUGGCACAAUGGUACCUUUGUGACUAGCUAGCGCUACAUCUAAGACAGGCUACGUUUUAUUAAUUUAGACUACAAAGCCGAUUUUUUGUACAGAACAGAGUUCAAUGGAUAUUUUGAAAGAUGUGAUAGCAUACACUGACUAUCAAAACAGUAAUUAAUGAUACCAUGCAAGAAUAAAUUCAACAAACAAAUUAUCAAUUUAAUAUUUUAAUACUAACAGGAAGGAAAGGAAGUUAAAUAUAUUAUUUAAUCAUUGGUGGAGUUACCAAUGAUACUUUUUGUUAUGUUUAGUAAAAUUAUAUUGGCAAAUUUGUAACAAUUUCGAAAACGUAAACAUUAUAAGUUAGUUAAUAAACAUAUUCAAAUCUU